AUAAAUCCAGAUAUAAAAUCCACUUUGUAAGUAACAAUGUUUUGAGAAACAGAUGGUUAAAAGACUUAUCCCAGAAAUACACAAACUCUUUAGCUCCCCUCUCCCAUAAAAAAAACACCUUGGAAAAUGGGUGAAGUUCGGUAAAGAUAUGACGUUUUCAGUAACCACAAGAGGGCAGAAUCAAUACAUUUUUUAAAGUAUAGCAGUAAGAAACUGACGCUUCCUUCAGAGGUGUUAUAACCUGGUGUUAGAAUACAGUUGAUGGAGGGAAUGCUUGCCACCUUUUUGAUAUUUGGACCCUUGGUAUGAAAAGUGCUAGGAGCUUUUUUCACAACCACUUGUGCGUUUUUAGUAGGCAUGAAUAUGUUGACCGAGCAUGCUAGUGCAGAGAAUGUACCCAAACGUUCGUCCUUCCCUACUUUGUCAUGUCAGGGUCUUGUUUUGCAUCUGGCUUUGUUCCCGUUGGCAGUCUAUCCUUGCAUUCAUAGAUCAAGAAAUCCCAGUUCCUUAGCAUGCAAAAAACACCGUCCAAUUUGUUGAAACACCGCUCUCUUCCGCGCUUUAAUUUGCGCAGGCCUCCUGGGAAACCCCUUUCAUGUGACUGGGAAUCCUCGCCUGCCUGCACCUUCAACACAGGGCUCCUGUACCAUGCACAUACGCUGGCAAUAGUCCCUGCCUUCAAACGCGUCUGCAGGUUUGCGGGAGCGAAAGCAGCCGCCUGACGCAACACCAGUGGAAGGGUGCUAACGGUGCUGUUCAGCUGAAGCACCUGACGUGCUAUCUGACCAUUUUUAUCUCUAGGUCCUUUACAGCUCCAACGCAUUUUGCCUUAGGAAUCCUCAUCAUUGGAGUCUAGGUUUUUGGUUUAAAACCCCCACUUCGUCCGUGGGCCGAGCUCGUCCGCGGAGGAUCGGCUACUCCAGCCGCCAGCAGGAAGCGGCCGCCCCGCCCCAAAGUGCCGCCAGCCCCGCCCGACCCGCUCUUCCGUUUCCGGUAGCGCGGCGCGGAGGUGGCGUCAUCUGCGAGUGGCCGGCCGGCCGCCAGCGCGAAGACGUGCGAUGUUGAGCCGGCUUCAGGAGCUGCGCAAGGAGGAGGAGACGCUGCUCCGGUUGAAAGCGGCCCUGCACGACCAGCUGAACCGGCUCAAGGUUGAAGAACUGGCCCUCCAGUCAAUGAUUAGUUCUGGGAGAGAAGAUGAGAUGCUGUCUUCUCAACCUCUGCCUGAACAGUCACAUGAUCAGAUGUUGGUGCAUGUAGACAAUGAAGCAUCAAUCAACCAGACCACACUGGAGUUGAGCACAAGGAGCCAUGUGCCAGAAGAGGAGGAGGAGGAGGAGGAGGAAGAAUCAGAUUCCUGAAGGGGAGAAGAGCCAGGGUUAGUCACAGGAGUUAAGUUCUAAGCCGCAGGAACUUUCUCUCUUCAAAGAAUUCUUGCCAUGGGCCCUGUAGCCUCCUUUGAAAGGAAGCAAGAACUUUAGGAGGAUGUGUAGUUGUAGAAAUGGUUCCAUCAAUAACUCAAGUUUCAGAGUGCUUUAACCAAAAUUAGUGACAUACAGAAAAGCUGAGAUGCAGUGUUUCAAUAUUGAGCAAUAUGGGUGGUGCUGUGUUUAUAUUCUGGUCAGAUUCAGUAAUUGUGUUCAAAACCAAAAACUUCCUCUGAAAUGUUACUGAGAAGGUCUGGCAUUUGCAAAAAGGGCAGAGUUUAAAUACAAGCCAGCCUUUACAAUCAACAAGGCCUCUUUUAAGAAAACCAAUUAUAAACACUGUUUGCAUGCCAUUGAACCCUUGUGAGCAGAGCAAGGCCACAGUGUGGGAGAGAAAGAUGACAAAGAGGAGGACAGAGGGCCACUUGAGAGCACAAGCUGUUGCCACCUCUCAGUGACAUCGUAAAACGGCCUACUAACAUGCUUUGUAUGGCUGUUACCACAUCUAGGUUGAGACAUCACUAUGGUAAAAUGUGCUUAGAAAUAAAGACAAAUAGUCGUCAUGCAGCUUGCUGCUUUCCAGACAGAAACAGAAAAGGGUCAGCUCCUCUGGGGCAAACAAUAUAGUAGGAUGGUUGAAAACCCAUUUCUGGACUUAGGAAAUGUGCCAUUGAAGGAUCACUAGGCUUGGGAGGUUGGAUUUUGUAAUAAAGAGAUGACAGUUACAGAGUGAGAGUUGUUAAACUUCGUAUUUGAAGUUGAGACUCAUUUCUGCAUACUGUCCCUUUUCCACUGAAUGUAUAGACAAGUAGUUGCUUAAUUUUAUGAAAGUAAUUGGCCCUGCCCAGAAAAGCCAAACAAAACACAAAAAACCUCCUCAAGCACAGCUCCUUACAAAACUGUUCCAGAAGAGAGCACAGACAUAUUUGUUAAUAUUUCAUUAAAGUUAUUUUGAGCUACUCUUACAGGAAGUAGCGAGAAGUUUAAA